UGAGCUACAGGAUUCCACAACAUGGGGGAGAAAGGACAGUUGAGGGUUGAAUAAGACACCAGGGUUCUAGACUGGAGGUGGAAUGUGCAUCCGUGGAUGGUGAUGCUGUCAGCUCCUGAGGUGCGGGGGCUCUGUUGCGAGCUGAAAAGGAGGGCUUCGGUCUUGCUGACGUCCGGGACUCAAUGUCAGGAUAUGUUUUCCUGGAAGCGAGGGGAGAGGCAGAAGGAUAGAGUUGGGUGUCAUCCGCAUACAUCUAUCCUGAAUGAAGGGUGCUGAGAUAUGCACAAACUCUACAAACAACAACUGGAGGAAAUGAUCAAACUGCAAAAUAGCUGCUUGUGUUCCAUUGAGCGACAGAAGAAGAAAUUCAAGGAGCUUUCCAAGAGUCUCAAACAAUGUAGUCGUUCAGCACGAGCCGGUGAAGUCGAGGGUCUGAAACUGAUCCAGGAGAUGAUGAAGGAACGGCAAAAUGUCUUCUUUGAAAUGGAGGCUUUCCUCCCGAAGAAAAAUGGAUUGUAUUUGAAUCUGGUCCUGGGAAACGUCAAUGUGACUCUGCUCAGCAAACAGGCCAAGUUUGCCUACAAGGAUGAGUAUGAGAAGUUCAAACUGUACCUCACGAUCAUCCUCCUCCUCAUCUCCUUCACUUGCAGGUUCUUGCUAAACUCUAGGGUGAUCGACUCUUUGUUCAACUUCCUGUUAGUGUGGUAUUACUGUACCCUCACAAUCCGGGAGGGAAUCCUCGUCAACAAUGGAUCCAGGUAAGGGACCAGUGAAGGCAGUGAGGCGAAUGUCAAUGAAUCUGGCCUGUCUGUAUCUGGAGGCCAUACUUGUCUUCGCUGCUGUGUGCUUAUGCUUAGACACGAGAAAUAUCAGCGACUGUGGCUAAAAUCAAAAGUUAUAACUCGGGA